ACCCCAUUCGUCUCAAUUUUUAUGAGUAGUGACAAAAAACUCGCGUUUUUUGUUACCGAUUUUUAUCCUUUUUUGUCCGCGCCACGGGCACCAAUUGCACGUUGAUUUUGAGUGCAGCUUUUCCUUUUUACCUUCUACUGUUUCGGCAUCAGUACAAACAAGAAAACGACAACAUGAACAACAAUCCCCACGACGAUAUUCUCUCGUCGGAGAUUCCGAAUGACGACCAAAAAAGGGUCAACAUGCUGGAGGAACUGAAGACCCGGGCCAAGGGGGCUUUCCAAGCAAAAGACCUGCGAAACGCGGAAAUGCUCUACUCUAAAGCGAUCGAUUGCGUGGAAUUUUCCGGCUCGGAAGGAUCUACUGCCGUGUCAACCUCGGGGGAGCACUUGCUGUAUAUUAUCUAAUACUCAAUCAUCGUGAUGAUAAAAUGCGAGUCGUUUGCGUUGUGAUCUGUUUCAAACUUCUUUCUACUUCUUGUAUGAAUACGCAGCUCAUCUGCUUGAACGAGAGGCACACCGCACUCAACGCUAACAGGUAUAGCAAUCGUGCCGCAGUGCGAUUACUCCUGAAGAAGAACGAGGACGCUGUGAAAGAUUGCGACAAGUGCCUAAAGCUCGAUCCGACCUUCAUCAAGGCGCAUUUUAGGAAAGCGCAGGGGUUGAUGCGAAAUGCGAAGUACCGGGAGGCGAUCGACGCCUGCAAGCUGGGGAUUGAGCAGCACCCUGGCAACGCGGAGUUGAGGACCCUGCAGACGGAAAUACGUAUUAUUUAUUCGAUGAUGCGCGGACGAGCUACCUGUUUUUGAUAAGUACUAAGUUUAAGUGGCGAAUGAAAGGAAGUACUUAUGUGCAGAUGAACACGCAACAACCAGGAGCAAACAUGCGUUCCUUGACAUUACCUGAGCAAGAUUCGUGCAAUUUUCAUCUCGAUAAUUAUUCAGCGCUCUGACGAAAAAAAUGAAAAAUCCAAUACCCAGAAACCGAGUGGGACAAGGAUCUUGAGCAGAAACAGAAGUUCAAUGCCGAGGUAUCGCGAGGAAAAAUCCCCCCUCCCCAUAUCGAAAAGGUACCCCGCAGAAAAUUUGCAAUGCUGAUUUGCGACCACAAAUCAUCUCUGUCUUGCAAGAAGGCAACUCCAUAGGCUCCGCCGCAUUAUGCAGGCAGUUUGUGUUGCUAUUAGGCCUACAGCGCAAACGUUUCCCAUGCUAAACGCCUAGGCCAAAAGCUCUCUACUUAGGCUUGAUAUAGGCCUGCAGUCCUCUCCAGCAAGACAAAUCUGAUUUGUGUACGCAAAUCCAGCACCACAAACUUCGUUUUGAUAUGGGGAGGGGGGAUUUUUCAUUUUGAUACGAGGCCAACGAAAUCCGUCCGGACCUGCCCAAGCCGGAACCAACCAGGAUUCCGCUGACAAAGAAAGCGAAGACGGCGGACGAAGGAGUUACAACGACUGCCGUCGAGUCCGGUUCUUCGCCGAGCGCCGGCAGCACGGCCACCUCCGCGUCCACGUCAAAAACGAAAGCAGAAACAACCGCAUCGGACGCGGGGAACGGUGCAACAACUUCGAGCAAGGAGGAGAAGAACGACAUGCGAGGGUACAAAAAGACCGCAGACGGCAAGACGACCUCUUACUUCCACACCGAAAUUUCCGCAGAAGCGAAAGCUUUGAUAGGGGAUUGCAAGCCCCAGAAAAUCGAAGCCGCACAGGCCGUGAUACCAGAAGAUGGCUCGAAAAAAGUGGGGAGCGCGUGGAAUCAGGCAGGUAGAAAUAAAUGUAGCUCUUGCGAGGUGUGGUCUGCAUCGCGACUUAUGCGCGUACUGGUUGCAGCGUUCUGCUAUUCGUCGUUUUCGGAAGCAGUUACAGUAUGAAUGCCUAGUACUUUCUUGCAUCAAUUUUUUAUGGUAAGAGAGGGAAUCAGACUUAGUAAACGGAAUCAGACUAAUGGAAUCAGACUACAAGUGGAAUCAGUCUAGUAGAAUCAGAAUAAUGAAUAGAAUCAAGAUACUAGAAUCAAGCUUAUGGAUAGAAUCAGGAGAAGCGGACUCUGAGUACGUCGGCGAAUGUGGUGGCCGCGCAUUCUCUAUCGUAUGCAUUCGAGACGCUCUCUCCCUGCAGGCAUCGCUUUGGUCCAUCAUGUCUUGCAGCUCCACCUGGUCGCGUUGGUCUCCUCGCAACUUCGCCCGCAGUUCUUGAAUGCUGUGCGUUGCGAUUCUACUUGGGGACUUAGUUUGCAUGUUGGGUAUGUAUGUCUGCUUAGCUGUUUCAGUUCGCUCCUCAGCGCACUUCAUGCGCGACCACUUUAAAACACGCGCCAGGGGUUUGCUACUGGCGAUCCCGGUUGACAAGGUGAAAUGGAAAUCUGAAGAAUCCGAAAAAACCUUAAAGGUGGAAAAAUAAGCGCCAACCAUAGAAAAGAGAAACUAGAAGAACUACGUUUAUCCACUGUGCUCCCUCGGUCUAUUGCUUCUCUGUGCUCCUACUUCGCUGCGUUGCUUCUAGAUUGCAUCAAAAAAGCGCGCAAAAGUGCGAUGCUUUGUGGGAGCCGAAUUUCCGGACUUAGCCGCAAGACAGCUCCUUUUUGCGAUUUUUGUUGAAAAAUAGGGGGGAACUCUCGCAAAUUUUUAAAAAUCGGCCUCGUUUUCCGUGUUUUUACUUAGCGAAACCCGGGCGAGACAGGCCGAGGGGGAUGAUAGGCGCUGCCUCACAGCAUUGCUCUGUACGCGCAGAAGCGCGGCGCUAUAUAUGUGCCGCGGCCGCCGCAUUCGAUGCUCUCCAUCCCGCCCUGCCUGUCCUGGUCUGUCCCCCCGCGCCCCGCCCCGGCUGCUUUGGAGCUGCGCUCCCGGCCUUGCAAACCGACUGACGGACCAGGCGGCCCCCCCGCCCGUUCGGUGGGCCGCCUAGAAAGUUGCUCAGGUUGGUACAUCGCCGCACGGGCCGGGGCCCGCCGUGCGUCGGUGCUUCGAUUUUUGGGUGGGGCGACUCCACUCGCAUUGCAAGUGGUCGGGGCCGCAGUGGCGCAGAUGUGUCGGCUGGGACUGCCCUGCUCCCCCAGGCGCCGCCCUCCGACCUAGGGGAAGCCACCUCCCCGAGGGCGCAGCCAUCUGUAUGUCGCAGCACGGCGGCUCCCGUAGGCUAGCGACCUGGCACCACCGGCGUAUAGAGGUGGGCCGUGCCGGCGGCGAGGCAGGCUGUCUUCCCGGUCCUUGUGCGCCUGUGCGCAGCGCCUCCCGGCAUGGGCGGCGGCGCCUCGCACUGCCCAGAUUCUUUGACUAUCGGAGGCGCCCACCCUCCCCUUUCUCAUACUCGCGCAGGGCAGUAUGAAAGGUGUCGAGGUGCGUGGGGGGGGGGAACGAAGACACGCCCGAGCAAAUGGCGGGCGUGGGGCUUGUCGGGUGGGUGUUUAGCAUGUGCACGCACGUUGGCCGUUUUUCCGUGGCUCUGCGUUUUCCCAGCAGCCGACCGCGCGUGGGCGCAAGCAGCGCACGGACUGGAUAGCAGAGCACUAGUUUGAUUCCACUAGUCUGAUUCCAUUGGUAAAGCUGAUUCCAUUAGCCUGAUUCCAUGAAUAAGUCUGAUUCCGUAAAUCCUUUAGUCUGAUACCAUCGACGACCAUUUUUUAUUACGCAUUUGGCUCCUGAUACGCACUACUACUUACUUUAGGUACCUUCGAAGAGCGAAACUACACGAAGUGGUUUCACGAGAAGGUCCGCGAGGCUUUCCCGAAAGACACCGAGGUCGAGCUGCCAAACGACCUGCCAGACAUCGUGGUGAACGUAGACAGCAUUUCUGGGGACGCAAAUAUCGCCUGCAGCAGAGGUAAUAAAUCGACCACGGAUCUUUUUUUUCCGUAUUUGCAAUUCUUCUUCAGUUUUCCACACAUGCACGAGAGUACAUGCUGCAGAAAAGUUUUUGUCCCGUCACGUAUUCUCGUGUGGGUCAAGUUAGUCGUUCGGACGAAGAACACGUAAAAUUGCAGGUAAAGUCAAGUACAUUCACGACAUCUGUACUACGCUGAAAUGGAAGUUCACAACCGCCGACGAUAAGUCAGGGUCCGGGACGAUCAAAUUCGAGGCGGACGGCGACGGCGACUACGAUGUUAACGUGGAGGUGGACAACAAAUCGCACUCGAGCACCAGGCAAAUAGUGAACGAGUUUGUGAAGGGCAGCUCCAAGGGCGUGCAGGGGUUCGUGCUGGCGAAAUUGAAAGAGGUGGAAAAGAAAUUCCAUGCGGUGAAAAUAUAGCAGCAUCUUCUACUUCUUCUUCCGGGGGUUCCGACGCAGGCGCAAAAGCAUGUAGAAUUGUAUCGUAGCAUUCAAUGCCUAUGCCAGCCGCUUGAUCGACGACGCAUCGGAACGUGAACUACGCCACAUGAUUUUUCCCAGCAGAAAUUAUUGUCGCAUAUGGAUUUCUUUGAAUAAUUUUCCAGCGGAAAUUGUUGUCGUGGAGCACGAUAAUUGUCUUCCCAAAAACCUUCAAAGCGACCUAAUUUUUUUUUUCCAAAGAACGCCAAGCAAUGUUGGUAGAAGAUGAAUCUUCACAUUGCUCCUGGAAUAGAAGUGAGCGGGCAGCCUUAAGGCGGUGCUCUCGAAAAACCUUUGAAAAGCAGAUUGAAGGCGUUUUCCACCUGUCGACGAAAGAAAGGUAUUCGUGAACGUUAGAUUUCUUCUAUCGGUUUGGGU